GGCCCGCGCGCUCCGGGCCACCCCGCUUCCCUCCAGCAGUCAACAGAUCCGCGCGAGCCGGGCGGCCCCGGGAGCAGGACGGGCGCCCCGUGCGCCUCGGAUCGCGCCCCCGCGCCGCGCCCCGCCCCGCCCCUGCGCGCCCCGCCCCGCGCGCCCCUCCCCGCCCCUCUCCCGGGCCGCCGAGGGGCCGGGCCGGGACUGCGCGCUCGCCUGCCGCGCUCUGGGCCGCCGGAGAGAGCGGCCGGACCUCGCGCCCUGCGCGCCCCGCGCCCAACCGCCGCCGGCUUUUGUUGUCUCCGCCUCCCCUGCCGCCGGCGCCUCCGGACCGCGAGCCGAGUGCGCCGGGACCUUGGCUCUGCCCUUCGCGGGCGGGGGCUGCACGGGCCCGGCCGGGGGCGCCGCCGGCCCCGCCAUGGAGCUCCGGGCCCGAGGCUGGUGGCUGCUGUGCGUGGCCGUCGCACUGGCCGCCUGCGCCCACGGGGACCCUGCCAGCAAGAGUCGGAGCUGCGGCGAAGUCCGCCACAUCUACGGGACCAAGGGCUUCAGCCUGAGCGACGUGCCCCAGGCGGAGAUCUCGGGUGAGCACCUGCGGAUCUGCCCCCAGGGCUACACCUGCUGCACCAGCGAGAUGGAGGAGAACCUGGCCAACCGCAGCCGGGCCGAGCUGGAGACGGCGCUCCUGGACAGCGGCCGGGCCCUGCAGGCCACGCUGGCCACCCAGCUGCGGGGCUUUGACGAUCACUUCCAGCGCCUGCUGAACGACUCGGAGCGGGCGCUGCAGGAGACCUUCCCGGGCGCCUUCGGGGAGCUGUACGUGCAGAACGCCAAGGCCUUCCGCGACCUGUACGCCGAGCUGCGCCUCUACUACCGCGGCGCCAACCUGCACCUGGAGGAGACGCUGGCCGAGUUCUGGGCCCGCCUGCUCGAGCGCCUCUUCCGGCAGCUGCACCCGCAGCUGCUGCUGCCCGACGACUACCUGGACUGCCUGGGCAAGCAGGCCGAGCCGCUGCGGCCCUUCGGGGAGGCCCCCCGCGAGCUGCGCCUGCGCGCCACCCGGGCCUUCGUGGCGGCGCGCGCCUUCGUGCAGGGCCUGGGCGUGGCUAGCGACGUGGUCCGGAAGGUGGCCCAGGUGCCCCUGAGCCCGGAGUGCUCACGGGCCGUCAUGAAGCUGGUGUACUGUGCCCACUGCCUGGGGGUGCCUGGCGCCCGGCCCUGCCCCGACUACUGCCGCAACGUGCUCAAGGGCUGCCUGGCCAACCAGGCUGACCUGGACGCCGAGUGGAGGAACCUUCUGGACUCCAUGGUGCUCAUCACAGACAAGUUCUGGGGCCCGACGGGCGCAGAGAGCGUCAUCGGCGGCGUGCACUUGUGGCUGGCAGAGGCCAUCAGCGCCCUACAGGACAACAGCGACACCCUCACAGCCAAGGUCAUCCAGGGCUGCGGGAACCCCAAGGUGAACCCCCAGGGCCCCGAGCCCGAGGAGAAGCGGCGCCGGGGCAAGCUGGCGCUGCCGGAGAAGCCACCCGCGGGCACGCUUCAGAAGCUGGUCUCCGAGGCCAAGGCCCAGCUCCGAGAUGCCCAGGACUUCUGGAUCAGCCUCCCGGGGACGCUGUGCAGUGAGAAGUUGGCCAUGAGCGCGGCCAGCGAUGACCGCUGCUGGAAUGGGGUGGCCAAGGGUCGGUACCUGCCCGAGGUGAUGGGCGACGGCCUGGCCAACCAGAUCAACAACCCCGAGGUGGAGGUGGACAUCACCAAGCCCGACAUGGCCAUCCGCCAGCAGAUCAUGCAGCUGAAGAUCACGACCAACCGUCUGCGCGGCGCCUACAACGGCAACGACGUGGACUUCCAGGACGCCAGUGAUGACGGCAGCGGGUCAGGCAGCGGCGAGGGCUGCCCCGACGACGAGUGUGGCCGGAGGGUCGGCAGGAAGAGCUCCAGCUCCCGGACGCCCCUGAGCCACGCCCUGCCCGGCCUCUCCGAGCGAGAGGGUCAGAAGGCGUCGGCCACGGGCCGCCCGCAGCCCUGCACACGCCUCCUGCUGCUCUCCGGCCUCCCGCUGGUGCUCUCAGCAGCCAGGCCCCGGUGGCGGUAACUGCCCGGCCCCAGGGCCCGAGGCCAAGGACUGACUUUGCCAAAACCAGACGGUACAGGAAGGGUCAGCGAGGAACCGCGGCCGUGACUGUGCUGGGGGCCGGGCGAGGGGCUGUGCCAGCCACCCUGGCUUUUAGUUUUGUAUGAGGCCCUCAGGUCAGCAGGGAACGGCGUCCCCAAAAGCCAUGCAUUUCAGGGACCUCGGGGAUGCCAGUGCCGUCUCUCGCCCCCAGCUCCUGCGCCAUCACGGCAGUACCAGGGCCUGCGAGGAGGCGGCCCGAGCAGAGUCCCGCCGGAGCGCGAGCCGCGCCUUCAUCUCCCGCCUGCCCCGCCGAGCACCGGGGCCUCCAGGUGUCUGAAAGUCAGGCCCACCCCCAGCGCCCAAGAAUCCCUGAGAGGGCGUCGGAGUUCCCGCCGUCUAGGGUCUAACGGGGCCUUUGAGAUCACGCAUGAACCUUGCCCCACCCCCCCACCAGAGCCACCUCUCAGCUGCGUCUGUGCGGGGCUGGGCCGCGGCUCCUGCCCAUCCACAGGGGACUUCGGGCUGUGCGGACGCGCCACCUGCCGUCGUCCUGCCCCCUGUCUCCACCCAGACCCAGGGCCAGUCCCAGCUCAGGGCGACACAGGCCAGGGCUGCAGGUGACCCCUGGCUGUCACCUGGCCACAGAGAUGCUGGGUGGCUGGUGAAACUUCAGCUCAGGGCCAGCGAGACCCGGCUCUGCAGGCUGGAGGGACAUCCCUUCCCUGACCCCGCCAGCUGCAGGGCCCGGGGAGCUUUGACAGUUAAGGGCUUUUCCAGCCGUGCGUACUCUGCAAGCGCUUCCCGUCCUCUCACCUAGAGCUGCUUUCUCAGCUCAUCCCCAAAUGCUUUUGAAGGUCCCGGGCGACCUUCCGUGGCCCUGGGAUCUGGGCGCACCCCCGCUCACUCAGGCUGUCCAGGCCCCUCCGUAGACCUGUGGGCCCACCCUCCUGGGCCCUACCCUCUGCAGGGCCUGGGGAGGGGCUGGCGACAGAGGGAGCCGGGCACAGGAGGGUGGUCCUUGAGGGUCUGGGGGAUAUUAAGCCACCAUGACCAGGGAGAGUGGUCCUCACCAGCCCCCGGGCCCUGAGAAGGCUGCUUCGCGCUGCUUUGCUUUUCCUCACGGGGCUGGGGGGCCCCUGGCCACUGGUUAGGGCUUCUGGGGUGUGUGGGGUCCUGCACUCCGCCGGCAGCCCAGCCUCACAGGCACACCCACCCCAUCGUAACCCUGUCGUGCCUGGGCAGGGGGCUGGGCCUGGGGCCUCCUUCCCUGCGAGUGAGGGCUAGCUGAACUCUCAGGGGCUCUGGGGCAGUGACCACCCGUGUGCCAGGACGGCCCCAGAGCGGCCUGCAUUCCGGCCCUGCCCUACAUGUGUCUCUGGAAGGGGCGGCCCUGCCACGGGCACUGGCCAGGCGGCAGCCAGGCCUGCCGUCUCCUUGUGCUGCACGGUGUCAGCAGGUGACGUGUGUUCUUUGAGUCCUCGUAUGAAUAAAAGGCUGGAGACCGCG